AUGUCCCGUAAUCGUUUCGAAUUGCUAUUGGCAAACUUGCAUUUUGCAAAUAACGAAACUAUAGGACAGAGUAACACACUUGGAAAAGUUUUACCACUCAUAAACAUAUUGACAGACAAUUACCAACAAAUUUUUUCACCAGGCAAAGAUAUUGUUGUCAACGAGACAAUGGUUCCUUGGAGGGGACGACUAAUAUUCCGGCAAUACAUACCGACGAAAUCACAUAAGUAUGGUAUAAAACUAUUCAAACUGUGUUUCACCGAAGGUUACACAUGGUCUGUAAAGGUAUAUUCUGGACGAGAAAUUACCGGAAAUAAGCAAGUUGGCAUAGCUGAAAACGUCUGCAUUGAACUUGUAGAUAAAUUGCUAAAUGAAGGACGAACUUUGUUCGUAGACAACCUUUAUACGAGAUAUCAGUUAGCAAUUAAAUUUGUAAAUUUUAGCACGCAUGUCGUUGGAACUGUACGGCACAACAAAAAAUAUAUGCCCCAUUCCGUAAUGCCAUACCCGUUGAAGAAAGGUGAAAUGAUAGCACGAGAAGAUAAGAACGGUAUUGUGAUCCUCAAAUGGAGAGAUGUUCGAAAUGUUAGAAUAUUAUCAUCAAAACAUGCACCCAUUAUGAUUUCAAGUUCAAAUUCUACAUAUCACGGAUGUCCUUCGCAACAGUAA